CUGUAGCAGCCAGUCUCCCUUUACCGAAGCUAUUGUGUAGUCUUUUAGAGAUUAAAGAUAUUCUGCGUUGCUCUGUUCAGAGCCUCUAAGAGAUAUCUUAUCUGUGAUUCUGUUAUCUUCGUCGAGUUUCUUCACAGGUGAAGAGAACUAUGUGAUACUGCAUGUUUUCAGUGAAUUUUUGGUUAUUUUUAACCUGUAAUUGUGUCAGUGGAAUGUGUUGUGUGAGUGCGAGUGUGUAGGUUUGGAUUCGGGAUUACAGGGUCGUAGCUGGAGAGAGCGGAUGGUGGGCGAUGUCAGCCCCCAUGCUGCGGGCCCUGUGGCGCCAGGUCAUGCGCCGCCGCGACUUCGGAGGACAGGAGCAGCUGGACGAAACGCCGCUUAACAGAUGUCUAAACACAUGGGACCUGACCGCCCUCGGGCUGGGCAGCACGCUGGGCGUGGGCGUGUACGUGCUGGUGGGCUCCGUGGCGGCGGACGUGGCCGGGCCCGCCGUCGUCGUGUCGUUUCUGAUAGCCGCCGUGGCUAGCUUGUUCGCUGGUCUCUGCUACGCGGAGUUCGGGUCGCGCAUCCCGCGGGCCGGCUCGUCCUACAUCUACACGUACGUGGCGGUGGGCGAGCUGGCCGCCUUCGUCAUCGGCUGGAACGUGGUGCUGGAGUGCAUGCUGGGAGCAGCGAGCGUGGCGCGCGGUCUCAGCAUGCACGUGGACAACCUCUCCGGGAAGGCCAUGUCGGCGUGGGGCCGCGCCGCGCUUCCGAUGGCCGUGCCCUACUUGGCCGACUACUUCGACGUGCUGGCGUUCAUCAUCGUCGUGCUGUUGGGAGGCAUAGUGUGUGUCGGCGUGAAGCAGUCGUCGAUUGUGAACAACGUGUUCACGAUCAUCAACAUGGCGGUCAUCGCAUUCAUCCUCGUCGCAGGCGCGUUUAAAGUGGACCCAGCCAACUGGAGCAUUCCUGCUGAGAAGGUCCCGGCGGGGUUCGGCACCGGAGGGUUCUUCCCGUACGGCGUGUGGGGCGCGGUGAAGGGCGCCGCGUUGUGCUUCUACGGCUUCGUGGGCUUUGACAGCAUCAGCUUUACUGGGGAAGAGGUGCGUCAGCCGCGGCGCUCGAUCCCGGUGUCGAUCCUGGCGGUGCUGGCGGUGGUGGCGCUGGCGUACUGCGCCGUCGCCGCCGUCGUCACCAUGAUGCUGCCCUAUUAUCUGCUGGAGCGCAUGUCAGCGGUGGCGUUCGUGUUCGAGGCGGUGGGCUGGGACUGGGCGCGCUGGGUCGUCGCCGUGGGGGCUGUCUUCGGCAUGCUGGCCAGUCUAUUCGGCUCUCUGAUCCCGAUGCCGCGGCUGCUGUACGCGAUGGCGUCGGACGGGCUCAUGUGCCGCUGCCUGGCGCACGUCAGCACCCGCGGGCAGUCGCCCGUUGCGGCCACGCUGCUCUCUGUCGCUCUCAUUGCGUUCCUAUCGUCGACGAUGGAGCUGACACAGCUGAUCAUGAUGCUGUGUGUGGGCACGCUCAUGUCCUACACGUUCGUGGCCGCCUGCGUCAUCGCGCUCAGAUACGCGUCCCCAAUCAAGCCGGCUUCACAGGCGGGGCUCCUGAGGCAGCUGUUCGGCUGCGGGGAGAGACACAACGCCUCCAGUCUCAGCUCGAAUAUUGUCAACGUUACUACCUUUCUGUUUGUGGUCGUAUCGAUAGCGGCGGCGCUAGUGGGGCUGCACCUGGACGCGCCCCUCGUCCCCCUCGUGACGCUCAACGUGGUGGCAGUAGCGCUGGUGCUGGUCAUCAGCCUGCAGCCCACCGCCAAGGAGGAACUCGCCUUCAAGACCCCGCUGGUCCCGUUGAUCCCGUGUCUAAGCAUCUACAUCGACAUUCACCUCAUGAUGCACGUCUCCCCGCAAACGUGGAUAAGGGUUCUCAUCUGGAUUCUCAUUGGUUUACCAAUUUACUUCACAAGUGUUUGGUGUUAUAGUCUACGACAGUCCAACCCGGAUAAUGACGUCAAUUCAGCAAGCAACCCUCACGCGGAGAAGAACGGAAAACACAAGUUACAAAUAGUUAUCGAGCCCCCCACGCCAUCCGGCACUAUGGAAAGGAAACAAAUGGAAGAAAAAGCGCAAACACCUUCACCACCACCCCCUACGCAGGAUAAAAUUACAAACAUAGAUAAAAUAAACACAGUACAAUUUUUAACGGAAGAAAUAAUUGUGCAACAAGCUGUAAUAGAUCAUUACGAAGAGAAAGAAGCAAAGAUCAUAGACCUGCUGGACCAAGUGUUGCAAGCUGAAGAAGAUGCGUAUGGAGAAGUCAAAUCUAUAACCUCGGAAGAUAACAUAGUUGCUCUACCGGAACCAAAUGUUCCAAGCGAUACUGUGAUUCUGUACAACAAAUCGUAUAGUGAAUUGUCAGAUGCGGGAUCAGAAGCGUCGUUGAGUAUCACUGGUCUAUCUAAAUAUGACGUGAUUGCACAAGUACAUAGAGAAGAUAUGCCAAUUGUAUCUGAGGAAUCAAAUAGUAUGGAAAAUAUAGUUUUAGAGAAAACUUUGAAUGAAGAGGACCAAAACCUUGAUCCGAAUGAAGAGAACCAACCAACAAAUGAGAUUCAUAACCAACCAGAAGGAAUAAAUGAAACAAAUGUGUUGUCAAAUGAACAUGAACAAGUAACACGUUUCAACGAAAGUGAAUCGAAUUCAGGCACCGAUGAGUCAGGGUACUCUGAUACGACUGAUUUUAAUAAUUUAAACGAUUCUGUUGAAGAUACUACUGAUGAACCUAAGAUCCCCAGUCCACCACCAAUGGAUGAAAACUAUUUUGCAACUCCUAUAUUUAAAAAGUCUUAUACAAUAGCGAGUAGGCCUAAUAAAUCUAAAUUAGAUGAUGUAGUAGAAAACACACCGCGAGAAAGUGUCACGUCUAAUGCCUCCAAUGAUGAUAACAUUGUGUUUGGAAGUGCAAGACAGCAAAGCUUUAUGUCAAAACUGAAUAAUAUAUUUCAAACAAAAAUUUUAAACCCAGAGGAAGUAAUUGAGAAAAAACCUGAAGCAUUAAAGCGAUCAUUGUCAGUGGGAAACUUGGCCAAAAACAAUGAUUUGAAACUAGCAAAUAAUGACGACACAUCGCCGCCACCCCCACCGCCUAUGCUUUUAUUUGCAGACUUGAAAAAAGAACUGUUAUCAAGAGAUAAUUCAUCUUUAAAAUCUGUUAGCGUUAGAGAAAAAGAACCAGAAAAUAUAGAAGAAGAAGAUGAAAUAGAAGGUAGAGAUACUAGUUUAAGCAAAGAGGAUUUGAAGUCCAAACUGGAAAAUUUGUUUGCAACUGGUGGUCCGAAACCUUUUAGGCAAACAUCGCAUACAAACCUGUCUACACCAGAAGAAACAAAUGAAACAGAAACUUCCUCCGUAGACAGCACACCGAAGAUACCAAAGAUAGAGAAAAACGACACCCUAAAACGACAGAAGGCAAUAUUUGGAGAAGUGUUAAAUUCAUUCAGAUUAAGUUUGCAUAAAGAUGACAACGUAUAAAUUAAAGUAUUUAUAGCUUUAGUGGAAUUUAUCAAUGAAUUAAUAUGUCUUCCAAAUAUUUAUUGUUCUUCGUAGGUUGAUAUAUUUUAUGAAUGAACUCAAGAAAACGAAUUUGUGAAUUUAG